AUGCUGCUGGCACCACCGAGAACCACCCCCAGCCAUUUGACCUUGAAACGUAACGCUACCCCCUUUACCCAGUUGCAGCAGUUGCCGUACUCCUCGGCGGCGCGCUUCAACCCCGUUGGCAACCCGCCUUGCCUGAUAGAGCGGCUCCCUCCAGAGCUCCAGCGCAUGGUCUUUGCCCACCUGGACUACCAGACGCUCAUCCACCUGUCCACCAUGAACCGGUAUUUCCUGCGCACAAUAAACCCGUACAGACUGUCCAGCGCGACGGACAAGGCCCAGUUCAUCAUGCGAGCCGCCAAGGACUUCCGGCAGCACCGCCCCAGGGAGAAAGGCCCCGACUUCCGACCCGGCAACUUUGAAUGCUACAUCUGCUUCCGGGUUCGAUCCCCCGACAAGUUCGACAUGCUGCAGCCCCAAUCGGCAUGGGUCAAUGCGCGGGGCCUCGUCGUCAAGGACAGGCAGCCGGAUGCUCGUACGGACCGGCAAGUCAUGCUGCGGCGGUUCUGCAUCGAGUGCGGCGUGAGCGAGGGCCUCUACGCCCCGUUCGACUGCCUGACCACAAGGACCGGCCGCGACCUUUGGAUCUGCAGAUGCCGGCGAGUGUGGUCCAAGCCUAGCUGUCUGCGAUGUCCAAGCUGUCGGGGGAACUGCCCUCUCCGACCGCGGAAAAGGCUUACCAUGUGA